UAACAUGGAUGCAUUUGGAAGUCAACUUUAACUUUAGUGCGACUGUUGUCACUUUUUGCAGACUUCUCCGAGACCUGUACUUAAGCCACUGAUACUAAAGAACCCUCCGACGAAAUCUCCUUCAAAAGCGGCAAAAUGUACCAAAAUCAGGCGGUUUUCCACCUGAGUCAGGUGGUAAACGCCAUCACCCCACGGAGACCAGGGCUUCCCACUGUUUGUUUUGAGUCAAAGAAAAGUUGCCAUAAGAAGGGGGCCAGCCGGGUGGAAAAAAGUGCAUUGAAGGGAAUCGUUUGUCCAGAAAGCUUUCUGGAGGCUGUGAAGAACUUCUCCGAGUCUCAGUCAAAAGUUUUGACAAUUGAUGCCAGUCUCUGCUCGUCCGUUUUGAAGAACAACGUUCUCAGUUUAACCUUGCCAAAGCCAAAGUCAUCACCAUGGAAUGUAUCAUAUGUUUCUUCUGGCUCCUUCAAUACAGACAAGGCAAACUCAUUUCAACAUGAGAAGGGGUUGUUGUCAUUCAAAUUCACACCUUUUGCCUUUGACUCUCAAGUUCGUCAUUUUCGGACAGAAAGGGCCAUAAGGUCUGAAAAUUCUAGGAAUCCAAGUCUUGUGGACAGAAUCAAAGGUACAAUUGCAUUGGCACCAAUGCAGCCAGAAAAGAUAAAGCCUGACGGGAAGCAGCUAGGCUCUAUUGGAAUAACUAAAGAGUCACUUGAGGCUCUCAGCCCGGAGCAGCAGCAGAGUAUCAAAAUCGCAUUUGCCGAGGGAUACCUAGCAGCUGAAAAUAAAAGAACGCCAAGCAGGACCAUGAAGUGGCUCAAAGUUACUCAGCAGCUGUUGACCAUUGUUCUCUUUUUAGGGGUUAUUAUCUCCCUUAUGGCAAGCUUAAGUGGAUCCAUGUUCAGAAUUCAACUUGGAAACCAAUCUGAAGUUGACCCAGAAGACAUUCAUGUUACCUUUGAGGAUGUGAAAGGAGCUGAUGAAGCCAAACAAGAGUUGAAAGACGUGGUAGAGUUUCUAAAGAAUCCUGAAAAGUUCCAAGCCUUGGGAGGAAAACUGCCUAAAGGCGUGCUGCUCGUUGGUCCACCAGGCACAGGAAAAACGCUGUUGGCGCGAGCGGUAGCUGGUGAAGCUGGUGUGCCGUUUUUCCACGCUGCUGGGCCUGAAUUUGAUGAGAUCUUAGUGGGCCAGGGUGCUCGUCGAGUCAGAGAUCUUUUCAAGGCUGCAAAAGACAGAGCACCAUGUGUGGUGUUUAUCGAUGAAAUCGACUCUGUGGGUGCAAAAAGAACCACUUCAGUUUUGCACCCUUACGCUAACCAGACUAUCAAUCAGUUGCUCUCAGAAAUGGAUGGCUUCCACCAGAAUGAAGGAGUCAUUGUUUUGGGUGCAACCAACAGACGAGAUGAUUUGGACAAGGCUCUUCUCAGACCAGGCAGGUUUGAUGUAGAAGUGCAGGUGCCUACGCCGGAUUAUACAGGUCGGAAAGAGAUAUUGGAUCACUACCUCAGCAAGGUGAAACUUGCCACAGAACUUGACGUAGAACUGUUGGCCAGAGGAACAACUGGCUUCACUGGAGCUGAUUUGGAGAACAUGGUGAAUCAGGCGGCGCUAAGAGCAUCUAUUGAUGGUGCUGACUGUGUUUCUAUGAAGCAUCUUGAAAUUGCCAGGGACAAAGUUCUUAUGGGUCCUGAGAGAAAAUCACGCAUUCCUGAUGAAGAAGCCAAUGUAAUCACAGCGUACCACGAAGGUGGCCACGCCAUUGUCGCCUACUACACUAAAGAGACGCACCCCUUGCACAAAGUCACGAUCAUCCCUCGUGGCCCUUCUCUUGGUCAUACUGCUUACAUCCCAGAAAAGGAACGUUACCAUGUUACCAAGUCUCAGUUACUUGCCAUGAUGGACACGAUGAUGGGUGGAAGGGCAGCUGAAGAACUCGUGUUUGGCCCCGACAAGAUAACCUCAGGAGCAUCAAAUGAUCUGAAGCAAGCCACAUCGCUUGCCACGCACAUGGUGAAACAGUGGGGCAUGUCCGAGAAGGCUGGUCUCCGAACCAUUGAGGACAACUCGAACUCAUUAGUUGCUGUUAGUGACCUGAGUCCUUCAACAAUCGAGAUGAUUGACUCAGAAAUCAAGAAAAUUUUGCAAGACUCUUACGAACGAGCGAAAACUAUUCUCAGGAACCACCAGAAAGAGCACCAUCUGCUGGCAGAAGCUCUUUUAAAAUACGAAACUUUGGACGCAGAUGACGUAAAAGCAAUUAUGUCAGGAAAAGAAAGGGAAAAGCAGUGACCACAUCAAACGCAUCCUGGAGCAGACAAAAAAGAAAACAGUGGUGUGGCUUCAAAUUUCUCAAAAGACUUCGCGGCAAAAUUCAAGCUGAAAUAAAAAAUAAAAUCAUAGUGCCUGUGAUUAUGCAUUGUAGGGACGUUCUUUUUACCUAUUUAGAAAUUAAAGAUUCUUGAUGCCGUUUUUAUUCAUAAGAAAAGUUUGAAUCAUGAUUUCUUAAACAAACUCAUUGGAUGCGACCGUUUUUCUGUCAACGUAGGGUGUAAUAUAUUAAUUUAAGAAUAUCAACUAAUUAAUCCUUGACAUAUGAUUUGAGAAGGAAAUAAAACAUUUAUUUGAACAUUCUCA